AUUUAACCUUUUAUCGCAGAAUCACCUCCUCCUUGCUGUCCCGAUAUCAUAACUUUGCCAGCGAGUCUUUCCAGUUUGUAUCUAUCGCUUGGCUCUGCAUUUGCCCAGUAAAUGCGAUCGGUCUGGACCUCCCUCCCAACAAUUCAACUCGUUUCCCGGCCGCUGAUCGCGUGUAACGUCCCAAAUGCGCCAUCAGUAACUCGAACAUUGAAAACGCAAAUCCAAGUACGACGGAAGCAUGGCGCACAACUACAUCCUCCAGGUCACUGCGGGGUCAGAGUACGAUAUUACGAAGCACCAAAUCGUCUCCGUCAACCAUGCAAAACCCACCACGAUCCACUCCGAGCUCAUCUCGGUGGACCUCAAUGUCCGCAUCCAAUCAUACCGCGGCCUGCCACAAAACUCUCCCAAUUCCUCACCGUAUUUCGAGCUCCCUCCUCACGACAAGAACAAAGACCAAUACAGCAUCGCCUUCAAAUUCACUCUGAAAGAAAACAUCAAUGGCAAUGAUCUAGUAUUUGGCAAUGAUUUCGACCAUCCAAUUCGAGACAGGUUACCCCCGGGAUUCAGCACUGCAUUCAAGAUUGUGAAAUGGUUGGUAGAUCCCGGCUUGGAUGGGGAUGUGUAUGCGGAGAAGCCGUAUCUGUAUGGACCUGCUGCGAGCAGUGUAAACACGUUGCAUAUCUGUGGCAAUGGGAAGGUAGAUGGACAGCCUGAACAUGACGCUGGGUUGGUGUUUACUGAGGGAGGCGAUGAGGAUGGUGUGGAGUUGAGAAAGGAGAAGGGGAUUCCCGAAAGCGAGGCGGCAAGGAAGAAACACUUCUUGAAUGAGGAGAACAGGAAGGAGUGGGACUGGGAGGCUGGCAAGAUCUACGGGUGCGAUUUCUUCAACCCGUAUUUAGAUUUCAACGACUUUGCCCUACGAUUACCGGGGUUCACUCUCCCGAUCAUGAAAUACUGGGACGGACAAGGCUUACGGUAAGUCUGUUUUCCUCUGCGUGUUCAGCCCCCUCUCCCCUUUGAUUUUUAACCAGGAAUACCAACCUUGCUUUUUGCGCGCCAACAGGAAAGUCCAAAAACGCUCACACACAUUAAGAUAUGUGCUUAAGAACCGCAAGACCGAUACCGUGCUCUUCGUCGUGCUCUUCACGCU